CCCCUUUCUCCUAAGAUUCCGUGAGCCCAACAAGCCCACAGGCCACAUUUAGUUUUUUCAAAGGCUUUAUUGGAACACGGAAGCAUUAGACCACAGAGAGAGAGAGAGAGAGAGAGAGAGAACGAGGCUGCGAAGCUCUCCGUGAAGAACCGAAGCCCUUUGAGAUCCACACGACGUCGUCUCAGAUCUACCUCCAAAAAUGUCGUCCACCUUCUCCGGCGAUGAAACGGCACCGUUCUUCGGCUUCCUCGGUGCCGCUGCCGCUCUUGUUUUCUCCUGUAUGGGAGCUGCGUACGGUACGGCAAAGAGUGGUGUAGGUGUGGCUUCUAUGGGUGUGAUGAGGCCAGAGCUGGUGAUGAAAUCCAUUGUUCCAGUUGUUAUGGCUGGAGUUUUGGGUAUUUAUGGACUUAUUAUUGCCGUUAUUAUCAGUACCGGGAUUAACCCAAAGGCCAAGUCAUACUACCUUUUCGAUGGUUAUGCGCAUCUUUCGUCCGGUCUUGCUUGUGGUCUUGCCGGGCUUUCUGCUGGAAUGGCAAUUGGUAUUGUUGGUGACGCUGGUGUUAGAGCUAAUGCACAGCAGCCAAAACUUUUUGUUGGUAUGAUCCUCAUUCUCAUCUUUGCUGAAGCUCUGGCCUUGUACGGCCUUAUUGUCGGCAUUAUAUUGUCUUCUCGAGCUGGCCAGUCCAGAGCAGAAUAAGAAGUGGCUGUUGCUACCAAAUAUUCUUGUAUGGCUUAUUAUGUUACUUCAAGGGUGGGAUUUUUUUUUUUUUUUUUUUGGCCGUUGUCUGGUAGUCAGGAUGGUGAUGGUUGGACAAAUUUGCAGGAUACUCGAACUAUUUUGUGGAAGUUGAACUCUCCUAGGAGUCGCUGGGUGUUGUUUUUGUUCUUAGAUGAUGAGUUUCUGGACCAAAAUAAAAAAGCUUUUGAAGCUUUAACCUGUUUCGAUUUUAUAUGUAUGUGUAUUUUUCUAUCAGAGCUUCGAACUGGUAUAGUAUUUAAUUGUAAUUAUUUGAAUUUAGUGCAUGUAUGAUCUUACGUCCAUCCAAAA